GGGGGUGGGGAGGUGUCUCAUGCAGUUCGCACUAGAUGCGCUCAAUUCUGCAAGUAAUAGUCUAAAUCUCACAUUGCGCCAAAAGAAGACGCUGACAGCGGAAGGAAGGGUCGGGUCGAGGGUUCUGCAUAAAGAGUGCGUGCUAAACCCGAGGCUGUUGAGAAGCAGCCACGGGGGCAAGAAUAUGACCGAAGAAGCCAAAAAGCUGGCCGCCUGGGCUGCGGUAAACAAUCACGUGCAGACUAAUCAUGUCCUUGGAAUUGGAAGUGGAUCUACAAUUGUUCAUGCUGUACAUAAAUUGGGCACGCCAGUUGAUUCUGCAGAAUGGCUUGACCUUAAGUGAUUUAGACAGACAUCCUGAGUUGAAUGUUGCUAUCGAUGGAGCUGAUGAAGUUGACUUGGACCUCAGUCUUAUCAAAGGAGGAGGGGGUUGCCUGACACAGGAGAAGAUAGUGGCUGGUUGUGCAAAAAGCUUCAUAGUUAUUGCUGAUUACAGAAAAAAGUCUAAAAACCUUGGAGAACAGUGGAAGAAGGGGAUUCCUAUUGAAGUCAUCCCAAUGGCCUAUGUGCCAAUCACUAAGCUUCUGACCAAUAAAUUUGGAGGUGUUACAGAGUUGAGGAUGGCUGUCAAUAAAGCUGGUCCUGUGGUGACAGACAAUGGAAAUUUUUUAUUGGACUGGAAAUUUGAUAAAAUUCAUAAUUGGAAUGAAGUGAAUGUAGCAAUCAAGAUGAUACCAGGAGUGGUGGAAACAGGUCUGUUCAUCAAUAUGGCAGAGCGAGUUUACUUUGGCAUGGAAGAUGGUUCUGUUAGUGUACAUGAGAAGCCGAUUCACUGACCUCUCACAAUUACACAGCUCUACUUUGCUAUCUUACUCUUAUGAAAAAUUAUCAUCUUGAUGCCAGCCUGACAACUUGCCUUAAAGCAUUUAGUCUGGAUCUCAGUGAAUGGAAUAAAAAGGUCCAGGGAAUGUCAUCUUAAGAUUUAUUUUUUAAUGUAAUUUUUUAAAAGUGAUCAUCAUUUUGAAUGUUUCAAAUUUUUUAUUUUUUUAUAUAAAUAAUGUACAAAAAAGAUACUUUGUGCAGUAUUGGAAUAUUUUGACUCUAGUGCAUUAUGAGGGGAAGAAAGUAAAUAAAAUAUAUGGUUCAAUAAAAAAAAAACCCAAGAUAUAUUUUAUUUGAAAGGGCUGUAUACAGUUAGAAAUCUUUUUGGUUCUGUAUUUUAUGCCUUUAAAAUGAUUUUAAUCAUUAUUUUUAAUUAGAUAAUGUUUUGUUAUAUUCUUUACAGUGCAACUAAUAUUUCAGCAGUUGAUUUUUGUAAUCCAAAUUAAAUUUUAAUUUCUGCUUAGAACUGACUUACUAUAUUUUACAUCUCCUUAAUUGUUCACAUGUUGCCAUGAGAAUUAAUGUGUGAAAAACAGACUGUGUCUGGACUGUUCUAGCCAGUGUCACUGACACCAGUCAAUAGAGACUUGAAUUUAUUUAUAUCAGCACUGUGGGGAAGCCACAUUUUUAAAUGUUUCCAAAACAGCUUGGAAGAAGUCUUGCCACAAAGAUUGCUAAGCCAAUAUGAGCAAUGUAUUUAUUAGUCCCAAUUUUGGUGUGUAAAUUCAGUACUCCAUUAUUUAUUCCUAAUAGCAAAAUAUUCCAGUCUAUUCUCCAAAGUUGGUAGAGACAGCGGUGAUGCAUGGGUUAACUCAGCCAUUAACCAAUAGAACUGAGUCUACCAAAGUGAUGUCAUCGCCUCUGAGGAAUGUCCUCCCGCUUUUUUAGACUCAGUUUGAUUGAAACUGGCUGUGCUAAUUGCUCUCCCCUCAACUUAACUAUUCAAAAUUGCUGAAUUGGCUACUUUAAUCUAUUUUAAUUGGCUUCUCAUCUAAAAAUUUUACUUCUAAAUUCUUAUUGGACAGGAGCGUUGAUAAUAGCUCCUCUCGGAACCAGGGCUCUCAAUUAGCCACAGGGCUUCCUGAGAGGGACUGCCAGGGUUUUCUUCGGAGGCUUUUAGCCUCUUGACUUUGCCUGCGAUUGCAAAGUCUUCCCUGGACUCAGCGCUGCCUAGCACUGGCUGUUGGAGGCUCCGCUUAGCGCUGCCGCUUUCUGCUGGCUGUCUCUCACCGCCAAACGCCGCCGGGAAAGCGCCGCUGCUGCUGCACGCCGCCGCCGCUAAGCACUCCUGCUAGACCGCCACCGCCUCUGCAGCCUCCUCUUAAAGCCCACACUGCCCUCAUUCCUUCCGUGGCCUCAAUUACCUCGUGGCGCCUGGCCCAUAGGUUCUGUAGCCUCAGCAGCAUUUUGUUUUGGUGUGAAGAAGCUCCGGUGGCCAUUUUGAUUCUCCCCUUCGGGACAACAAAGUCAUGAGUACAAGCCAUUGCUUCCUCUCCUGCCCAUGAUCCACAAGUCCCUCCAACUACCCUGGACACUGCUCCCACCACCGAGUCUCCUUCAUCCGGGACCCAGAGGUGCAGACCUGCCCUGGAGGCUCCCCCCACUGAACCCUCUUCCAAGGCUCCCAGGUCUAGUCACAGGACUACAGCCAAUCCAGCUUCACAGGACGAUGGCAAUGCCACUCAGGCUCCUCCCAAAUAGGCCUGAGGCAAGACCAAACAUACGGAAUCCCAUCUGUUUCAGUCUGAGGCCUGUUCAAUCUAGUCCUCCUCCUGACCUAUCUUCUGAUUUGGAGGAUGAUCUCUUCCCUGCAGCAUCCAUUAUCCAACCUGAGGAAGCCAGAGGCACAGGCGAUCUGGCCUGUAGUAGGGAUGAAUCCAAAGGUGGCAGGAGCAUCACUCCUGAUGAGGAGCCCUUGUACCAGAAGGAUAUCUCUUCCCUUUCCUGCCGCCGUUGUUACUCACCUGGCAUGGCUGAUAUCAUAUCUGAGGCCAUUGAACGUGGCAUAGAAGCAAGACUUAAGCACAGGUCUUCUAACCAUUCUACUUCACGCAGGUCUUCUUCUGCUUCCAGAUGCAGGAAAGGUGAUUUCUCGGCCUCCUUCAUCACAUAAGUUACCAGGCAUGUCCAGUCAACCAUUGGUUUUCGGAGAGGAGGAACUCCCUGCAUGAGAUUCAUAUCUUUCUGAAGACGAGGGCCUCCCCCCCGACCCACCUACCUUUGUCGGUCUUUUUAAAUCUGCUGUCUUUCGGUCUCUUCUUUUUAAAGCCAAUAUCGCUGGCAUCCCUUCACCCAAGGCUCCUCAGGGAACGGAGGUGGACACCACCAACCCCCUCUUCAUCCAGCCUAAAGUGAAAAAAGAGGUGAUUCCAUCACCCAGACACUUCAUAGACAUGGUCCAAAACCAAUGGGCAUCACCAGGUACAGGCCUCCUCCCCAAUACCUUGGACAAGCGCCUGUAUAACGUGGGACCAGAACUCACCAAGGCUCUAUAGGUACCUUCUAUUGACUUGUAGUUAGCUUGUCCUCUCCUAACGCAGCCUCAGCAGCUCCGAAGGAGGCUCUUCGCUCUGAAGACAAGAGAAUAGAACAAACUCUGGUCAAGGGACAUCAGGUCUCGGCUUGGGCCGACAGGGCAGCUAUGUCUGCUUCUUUCUUUAGUCACUCUGCACUCUUAUGUCUAAGACAACUUCAAGGGAGACUUCCAGCCAGGGAUUCUAGGGCUCGCAGGGACAUUAACAAAUUGAAGGUGGACCUAGAAUACACUGCAGAUGCCUUCUUAGACGUGGCCCGUUUCGCGUCCAAAGCCAUAGCAUUCUCUAUCACCAUUCACUGGUUCCUCUGGCUGAAGCAGUGGCAGGCGGAGGCCCGAGCCAAAUGGAGACCUGCCUCCUCUUCCUAUUCUUCCCCCCUUCUCUUUGGUUCUCCCUUAAAACCUCUACUAGUAGAGUCCAAGGAUAAGCGGAAUGUCCUGCAACCGGCCACUAAGAAGCAGGAGGGUCGGAAUCAGUCCUUUUAUCGUAGGCAGCCCUUUCGUGGACAGGACGGGGGUUCCUCCAACCCCCGUCCGCAAUGUCAGGCUCCUUCCAGACAGGGCCCCUCCUUCUCCAACAGAUCAGGCAGAACCAACCAGAGAUUCCAGCCCAGAAAGUCAUUCAAGGAUAAUACCAACCGUCCCUAUAAGAGGCAGAAGUGACUGCCUGGAGGAUCUCCUGAUCGGGGGACAUCUUGCAACCUUUGCGGAUCAUUGGGACGACAUCACCAAUGACGUGUGGGUCAGGUCCACUAUCAGAUUCGGCCUUCUCUUGGUCUUGCGCUCCAGCCCUCCAAACCACUUUGUUACGUGCCCAAUCUCCAGGGAACCUCACAAGAUGCUCCUAGUAGAGCAGGCCAUUCAUCAUCUGCUUCACAUUUGGGCCAUUCAACCUGUGCCUCCAGGCCAAGUGGACAGGUUUUUUACUCUUGUCUCUUUAUUGUGCUAGUCUUCGGGGAACUGAAAAGCAAUCCUCGAUCUCAAAUUUCUAAAUCGAUUCAUCAGGUACAGAUUCAAAAUGCACUCUCUCCUGUCAAUCCUGGAGUGUGCAAAACACGAUCACCUCACAUCAGUGGACCUCAUGGAGGCUUACCUCUAUGUGCCCAUUCACAAGCAACACAGAUGUUCCUCCGCUUUGCCUAUGUGGUCCGUCACUUUCAGUAUCGGGUCCUCCCCUUUGGGCUGUCAGGGUUUUCCCAAACUCCUGUCAGUCGUAGCAGCCCACUUGCGAGCCAGACCCAUUCGGAUCAUGUGCUACCUGGAUGACAUUCUCCUGUUGUCCAGGUCACACAACUGGGCUCUUCAGGAUCUCCAGGACACCUUACAGGUGCUUCAGGAGGUGGGAUUCUCCAUCAAUCAGGAGAAGAGUCACCUUGUCUCCACCUCACAUCUGGUACACUUGGGAACCCUCAUCGAUUCUUCUCAGGGAAAGGUCUUCUUGUCUCAGGAACGCCAGAUCAGCCUCAGAGACCUGGCCAACGAGGUGUGAGGGAGACAGCUGGUCCCUCUUCUCCAGCUGUCUCAAUUGCUGGGGAAGAUGGUCUCAUACUUCUCCAUUGUUUCUUGGGUGCGGCUCCACAGCCGCUGCCUUCAAUGAUUUGCCAUUCCAGAAAACCAACAGCAACCAACCCCAGUGAAAGUCAGGUUGACUCCAGAGGUAAUCUAAUCUCUGGACUGGUGGAUCUCCCCAGCCAUUUCUCGGAGGUCCUUCUUCAGGGAAUCUCCACGUCUCAUAUUCAUGAUGGACGCAAGCUUAUUGGGAUGGGGAGCUCACCUGGAAGAUCAAGUGGCUCAGGGUCUCUGGUCCGAUUCUGACCUUUCUCACAGUAUGAAUUGGCUAGAGUUGAGAGCCAUCCAUCUGGUUCUCCUUCAUUUCCAAUCCUCACUUCUCAAUACACACAUGCUGAUUCAGGUGGACAACACAACGGCCAAGGUGCACGUCAACCGCCAAGGGGAAACGAGGGCGCUAUCUCUCACGAAUCUGCCUUUUGUCUAGGAAUCUGGGCGGAAGCCAAUCUUCUCUCUCCACACCGAACACAUCUCAGGCACAACAACACCCAGACAGAUUGAGCCGCACAACAAUCGACCCUGCGGAGUGGAGCCUGAACCGUCACAUCUUCAGACAGCUAUCGUCCAGGUAUGGGACUCCAGUGCUAGAUCUAUUCGCAAUGGUAUCCAACAGGCAGUUGCCCAGGUACCUGUCUCGUUACAGGGCACCAGGCGCAGAAGGGACAGAUGCCUUAAGGUGCAGAUGGCCUCACGGUCUCCUGUACGCCUUCCCUCCCUUCCCCGUUACAGAGGGUGAUUUGGAAAAUGAUAGAGGAAGACGCCGAACUCAUCCUAAUUGCCCAUCAUUGGCCGCAACAACCCUGGUAUGGUAUCUUCCAAUGAUAAUGUCCCCUUUUCAUCAGGGGUCCAUUCACCAUCCCAACUUGUCCUGGCUUCGCCUAACUGCAUGGAAACUGAGUGGGCGGUCUUGAGGGCGGCUAACCUUUCUGAGACUGAAAUUCGGAUUAUUCAGGCUUCUCGCCUGCCACUCACAGGAUCUAUGAAUCAAUGUGGAAGACCUUCACUACAUGGUGCUGCUCUUGAGAUGCCAUCCCCCUGAAGGCUUCGGUCCCCCAGGUUUUGGAGUUCUUGCAACAGGGGCUUGAUAAGGGGCUCUCGCCAAACACCUUAUGGCGACAAGUGUUAGCUCUCUCUUCGGUUCUCUCACUUCACCGAGAUGAACCUCUUUUCUUGCACCCUCAUGUCCACCGCUUCAUUAGGGGUGCGUCUAAUCUCUGUUCUCCUGUCAUACACCCUUUCCCCUUGUGGCAUCUAGCCAGGGUCCUUGACUUUCUUGCUGAACUCAUUGCAUCAUCUUACACUGAAGACAACCUUUCUGGUGGCCAUCAUGUUGUCAUGGCGAGUCUCGGAAUUGGCGGCCCUUUCCAUCCAAUCUGACCUGUGUAUUUCAUCCGGACCAUGUGGUCCUUUGCCUUGAUCCCACCUUUGUUCCAAAGGUAAAUUCGGUCUUUCAUUGAUCUCUAAACCUCUCUUCCAAAUUUCUGUCCUAAUCCUUCUCAUAGACUUGAACGCAAAUGGCACAGAUUAGACGUACUCUUAAGACCUGUAUUGCCAAGACGGCUGUCUUCAGGGCCCCCGAAGCUCUCUUCGUCUUUUUCCAUCCCACAAAUAAGGGGCUAAAAGCUUCUCCAUCAAUUGUUGGGCGCUGGAUCCGAUCUGCCAUUUCAAGAGCUUACCUGGCACAUCAUCUCACUCCUCCAUCAUCACGGCACAUUCCAUGCGCAGUGCAGCUAUGGUGGCAGCGUGGACAAGACAGGCCUUGGUGGAGAUCUGCAAGGCGGCCACCUGGACUACUACUACCCCCUUUAUCUGCCAUUAUAAGGUAGAUACAUAAGCUUCAGUGGAUGCGGCAUUUGGACGGUGGGUCCUUCAACAAGUUCUUCCCUCUUCAAGCUUCUAGCCCAGUCCCAUUCCCACCCAGGGACAGGCCUAGCUUUGGUAUGUCCCAUGCAUGACCGCUGUCUCCACCAACUUUGGAGAAUGGAGCAUUGGUUCAUACCUGAUAUGCCUUCUCUGGCCAGGUGGAGACAGUGGUCAUCCCCACUCUUUCAGGCUCUGGCCUAAUUUGCAGAGGGAGAUCUGGGAGAACUACUGGAGCAUCAAAGGGAUUGAGAGCAAUCGAAUAGCGCACAACAGUCUACUUAUCUCCGUCAAGAAAGCAGGAGGACACUCCUCAGAGGCGAUGACUUUGGUAGACUCAGUGCUAUUGGUUACUGGCUGAGUUAACCCAUGCA